AACUGGUCUAACAAGAAAGAAGGAAGGAAGAACCUUGACGGUGCCAAAAUACAUAAACAACAAAAGUAAAUAAAAAUAAAUAGUUCGUCUGUGUUUUGGAUGAGCGCGUGUUCUGACGAUUUAGUGUUGGUAGCAUAAUCUGAUAGGUGGCAUUAUUUGACCCGAUGAAGUCUGCGACCACAGCAGGUUCCACGAUUGUAGCCCUUGCUUUCUUUGGCGCAUUGUAUGUCGGAGCCAAAACAGUGAUCUCUGUUGACGAUGUUCAAUCCGUACGUGUUGACCUGGUUCUGUCCCAUGUGGCCCGACGGGUGGACGAAAGGUUUCUCUCUGUGGCUAUAGAUGCGAGUUUAAUCGCCGAGGAGAAGUUCAUGAACCUACUGAAUUCACCAAAGUUAAGAACCCUCGCCAAAGCCUUGACCCCAGCGUUUCUGCGAUUCGGAGGUACCAAACAGGAUUUUAUGAAAUUCAAUCCACGCGGAAGAUCUUUUCAAGCGAGAGACAGCAGCAGCGCUGUUCUAGAAAAAUUAUGUGAGAGACUUGAAUUGCCUCCAAUGUUGGAAAAUAGGUUAAAGCAAGAAUGGGUCCUGCAGUCAAAGACCUUACUUCAGGAAGAAUUAGAGGGAAAAUACAAAAAGACAAAAUUCUCUGAAUAUGCAGUCGAUCUGCUUUACACUUUUGCGAACUGCUCUGGUUUGGACCUCAUCUUCGGUUUGAAUGCUUUGCUCCGAACCAGUGAAAACACAUGGGACAGCACAAACGCAGAACUGCUGUUGAAGUACUGUGAGUCCAGACAGUAUGCGAUGUCCUGGGAACUGGGGAAUGAACCCAACAGUUAUGAGAAGAAAGCUGGAGUCAGAGUGGAUGGGUACCAGCUCGGUCAGGAUUUUGUCCAUUUGCAUCAAAUCCUUCAGCAAUCUGCGGUCUACCACUCAACAGGACUAUAUGGACCAGAUGUAGGUCAGCCACGGGAUCACCGCAAAUAUUUGUUAACUGGGUUUUUGGAGACUGGAGCCAAGGCCAUAACUGCAUGCACCUGGCAUCACUAUUAUGUGAAUGGCCGAGACACGUCUUUAGAGGAUUUCCUUGACCCUGAAGUGCUUGAUACUCUCGAAACAAAAAUUAAUGAGGUUCUCGAGAUAGUUGAAUCUGUUUCUCCGGGGAAGAAGGUCUGGCUAGGAGAGACGAGCUCGGCAUACGGUGGAGGUGCUGUUGGCCUCUCCGACACAUUUGUAGCUGGUUUCAUGUGGCUGGACAAACUGGGACUUGCUGCCAAACUUGGUUUGGAUGUCGUCAUUAGACAGGUGUUGAUUGGUUCUGGCACUUAUCAUUUAGUGGAUGAUAACCUAGAUCCUCUUCCAGAUUAUUGGCUAUCUUUGCUAUACAAAAGGCUUGUUGGCCCAGAGGUUUUAAAAGCAGAAGUUAAUAUGAAUUCAAGACCAAAGAAACCAAUACGGGUAUACCUUCACUGCACCAACAGAAAAAGCACUCAUUAUAGACCAGGUGCUGUGACCUUAUUUGCCUUAAACCUAAACAAAAAUGAAGUCACUUUUAUUCUGCCUGACCAUAUGGCCAACAGCACAAUUGAAGAAUUUGUGCUACAGUCUUCUGAGGCUGGUGAACAGAGUCUUUAUUCCAGGUCAGUCAAAUUGAAUGGACAAGUGCUGAGGAUGGUGGAUGACCGAACACUUCCUCCGCUGAAGGGACGUGAGCUGCCGCCUGGAGAACACAUCAAGCUGCCAGGGUUCUCAUUUGCAUUCUAUGUUCUGAUUGAAGCACAAGCUCCGGUGUGCAAAUGAGCUCUCAUAAAGACUGCUUUUACUGGAGACUCAGGGACACAAAAUGUGUGAUGACAAAAUAUUUGACUGUGAGAUUAUUUUGUGCGAGGGAACUUCAAACUCAAAAUAAAAUGAACCAGUCUCUUAAUAUAAGAUCAACAUUUUCUAUUUUAUGAAAAUUCAUAUUUAUUACAAGUAUCAAGCUGUGGCCGCAAAGAACUUGUUUAAUAUUUCAUGAACAACUUGCACUGGAUUUAAUCUAUUUUACGUCUGUUGAAAUAAACAGAUUUUAAUCAUUGUA